AUGGGGAAAGGAAUUUUCGCAGAAGAGAAAGAAGUGAUGUGUUACGUAGCUUGCAUUAUGAAAAUGGCGAAUGCCAUUAAAAAUAACAAACUCAACUACGAAGCUGCUAUAAAACAAGCAGAUCUACUUUUACCAGACGAAAUAAAGGAACCAGCAAAAGAAGCUAUCACUGCGUGUAAAAAAGCUAGAACCGACCAAGAGAUAAGGAGAUGGUUUCUUCAACUAGCCGUUGAGUGCAGUAAGGAACAUCCCGUCACCAAGGAAGAAUUACAAAUGCUCAAAGACCACAAAAUUCCCGACGACAAGAACGUUAAAUGUCUUAUGGCAUGUGUCUUCCGAAAAGUUGAUUGGUUGGACAGUAACGGAAUGUUUAAAGUCGACAGCGCCUAUAAGUUGUCUGAGGAAGAAUAUCCUGAUGAUAAGACUAAAUUGGAUAAUGCUAAGAAUCUUUAUUCUCUGUGUGAAAAAGGUAGGGUAAUAUGCGAAUUAUACGUGGGCCAGAUAAAAUAA